AUGCUUUGUAUGUUCAGUUGAACACUCUGGUGAAGACGGCCGUCAGGGCGUCGCACACUAGCGUGUGGCUGAAGCCCGUCAGGAUGCGGCGCCUGGGGCGAGGAGGAGGACCGGCCGGCUGAGCUGCAGGGGCACCAGCACCCGCAGCAGCGGCAGCAGCGCUGGGGACAGCUGCAUCGAUGGCCAUCUCGUCCUCAUCCACAUGCACGUAGCAGCGAAUCUGACGGCCGGUGGCACAACAAUGCAAUCAACGGUUCACAUGGCGGCAGAGGGAAGCAUUUCUGUGUCCAGCUUACGCCGUCGAGUAUCUUCUUGUGGCGGCUGGCGUGUGUCUGCAUACUCUGGGCGAGCGACCGGAUGUGGGGCUGCGGGAGGGCCUCCAGAGCGGGCUUCACGAGCGACAGAGUGCGUGCCUCACCCACCAGGGCCGACACGGAUGCGAUGACCUCGACGGCACGCGCCACGUCAAACGGCACCAGAGCACUCUUCAACGACUGAAACCGACAGAGGCGGGCAACCCACACACCCACAUGUCGCAUCACACGCACACGGGAUCGCAUACCUCUUUGAUGAUUGACGUGACGUCUUUGGUCUGCAGUUUAGCUGCCCGCACCCAGCCGUUGACUACACGAGCGAAGGCCAGAUGCACCACGUACUUGGGUGCGUUGGCCUCCGACAGACGGUGUGCGAACCGCCGGAAAGACAGGUCGGACUCGAAGCUCAUGAGCGCCCACCAGCUCUCCACGUAGGCCUGGAUGGAGCGGGGCAGCUGGAAGUUGUGGGCGUCGAGCAGACGAGGAGGGUGAGGUGACGGGCCAGGGGCAGGGGGGGCUGGAUGGUGUGGAGGAGGGGGGACAGCGGGGGGCUGUCGGCUGUUGUGUUUGUUGGCCUCGUACUCGUUGAGCCACUCCAGGAGCUCCCUGGCGAACGCACGCGACAACACCUUAUGCACCUUCUGGAACUGACAGAGGAGGUAAGGAAAAGAGGGACACAAGGGGCAUUGUCAUCUAAGGCUGCUCGGUGUGUGUCUUUGCUUACCCGUUGCUGUGUGUGGUUGGUCAGCUCUGAGUGGUGCCAUUCCAGCACUUGAAACGCAUCCAUCUGGGGGUCGCGGAGAAACUGACACACACAACAAGGGGAUGCAGCCGACAAUGCAUCAGUGCUCCUCCUCGCUGUCCUUGCGUAUCGCCUGGCUUACUGCGUCGACGAUUUUGCGCUUCGGCUCGAGGUCUGUGUGUGCGAUCUGGAUGGUGUCUUUGUAGGCUUCCCACAUCUCCCUUGGGUAAUCCCUGCCCCGGUUACCGCCACCGUCCACAACUGAAAGGGAAAAUACAGCACCGACAUUUGCGCCAUGCGUGACUCUUCUGUGUGUGCUGUUUCUGCGGUAUUGCCUUUUCGCACCUUCCUCAAUGAUGAGCUCGUCGAGAUCGUCGCGUGCACCGGCGGACGCCCCUCCAGCCGCUGCGGAAGCAGCCACCGCUGCCCCGACACGCUUAUUCGCCUUGUUCGCCUUGUUGACGGCCGCCGCCUGCUCCUCCAGCACCUAUAACACACCAGCUGGCACUACGUAUAGCCCUGCGCACCCCUGCACACCCACGUACCUUCUUGGCCCAUCUCUCGAUGCAGUUCAGGGCGAACCUGUUGGGGCGAAGAUCCUCCUCUCGCAGUGGCUGCUGUGUCAGUGGCGACUUGGCGUGUGGGGCGGCGGCGGCACGGAUGUGCUUGCGGAGGGGCGACAGGUCAUAGCAGUUGCCUGCACGAACAGACGGACCACAGGAUGGGAUGGCUCCUUAGGUGAGAAUCCAUCCUCUUGUUAUGUGUUGGGUGUCACCUGAAGGCCUGAUGACUGGCGUUCUUGGGACUGUGAGUGCGAGAGGGCAACGCAGCAAAUCUAUCUCUGGGAAGGCAUCGUCAGGAACUGCACCACAACAUUCACCAAACGCACCACCCAUCGCCCCUUCCUUGAAUGUGUCCUGUGGUGAGUUGCAAACAUCCAUCAGCGCCCACCUUUGUCGAGGACCUCAGCGAUGAGUUUGGCGUCAACGGAGGGGAAGCCUUCCUUCUGUACGCGAGGGUUGCGGAUGGGAGCAGGUGUGGGGUUGUGAGCGGGACGGGGAGGAACAUGACGAGCGUUGGCAGCCUGCAGCGGGUGGCGGAUGUUGUCAAUCUGGCGAGGGGCGGGGUUGGCAGGCUGCAUCUGGCCAAAGAACGCGUUGAGCGACGGUUGGCGAGGGGAAUGGGGUGGAGGGCUCGGUCUGACGAUCCAAUGCUGCCGCUGCCGCUGCCGCUGCUGUGGCUGAGGACUGUUGACGUCGCCGUAAGCCUCCAUAAUAACUCGAGCAAAGGAG